AAGAGCAUGUAUGAAAAAAAACUUAAAAUAAAAUAAAAAGAACAUACUAAAAUAAAAAUAAGAUAAAUAGAGUAUUCAAAAUGAGUAGUAAUCCUUGGCUUCAAGAAUAAGCCUAGGUUCACUUUCUUUACAUAUAAUUGUGUGAACCACAUUUAAUAACAAUAUGAAUAACACCAAAACAUAGGCCAAACACAUUCAAAUUUCAAUCUAGUGAAAUCAUCAUAAUUUAUUUUAUGAUGGCAUUUAAAUUCCCAUUUUUAUUAUCAAAUUUCAAAUUCAUAAUCAUCUUAAUUAUUGCCUUGAUGUUAUUAAUCUCAACCGUUGAUUCAUCUAUAGGAGGAUAUGAUCUUGACCAAUGGAUGGUUUCAUCAGAUUCCUCAAUGAUCAACUGCCAAGAUGAUGAGAUUAUUGGUGAAUGUUUUGAAGAUGAAUUUCAAGUUGACUCGGAGUCAUACAGGCGUAUGUUAGCUUCAAGAAGGUAUAUAAGCUAUGGUGCACUUAGGAGGAACUAUGUUCCUUGCUCUCGACGUGGCGCUUCCUAUUAUAAUUGUCGCCCUGGCGCUUCCGCCAACCCCUAUCAUCGUGGUUGUAGUCGCAUUGCCCGUUGCAGGCGCUCAUGAGGUGUGGUUUGAUGACAGUCCAUUUUAAUAUUAUCACUUAUUAAUAAUUUAAUAUAUUAUUAUUAUUAUUAUUAUUAUUAUUAUUAUUAUUAUUAUUAUUAAAUUAGAAUACUAUUUAAUCAAAAUUGUUGUGUAGUCACUAGUAAUUUGUAAGUAUGUUGUAAAUGUGUGUCACUUUUGAUUUUACUAAUGUAUUAAUAUUCGUUCCUAUAUUAUUAAUUGUACUUGUAUUUAAAUAUUACUGAGAGAAUUAAUUCUCCUUAAAUAUAAGAGAUUUUUCGGCCUUAUUUCGAUAAAA